ACGGUAUAAGCAGCAAAGUGUCAGUACGAAUUCCAAGAUUGAUGAAAUUUCAACAAUUUAUCAUUAAAACUGAUGAAGAUAUGAAGAUAGUUGCAUAUAUGUACAUAUAUGUACGUCAAUAUGUGUCGUUGCACAUGACGUAGUCAUAUGAGCACAUGAAUUUAAAUACCUACGGAUAAAUAAAAAAUGUGUUAUUGUCAUUUAUAUUAAGAGAGUCAAAAUAAAAAAAAAAAUUAAGAACAAAAACUGAUGUCUCAUAGAAACUUGAGAAAAAAAUAUAUUAUAAUAUAAAUGCAGUGUUCUAAACUCAUAUGCUUGUGCAUACAUUACGAGAAAUGCUCGUAGAUCAUUUGAAAUAUGCAACCCCACCAUACACUACAAUCUUUAUCUUAGGAAAGCGUUAAGUGUACAACUUGAUACAUCUGCAUUUUGAGGACCGAUUUGUGUUUAAAAUCUGAUCUAUUUCACCUACAUAGUCAUUCUCCAACAAUCAGGUAUACUUACACACUCCCUAUGAUGGGGCCGAUGGUUGGUGCUGUCAGUGCGUCUAAUCGGUUCGGUGUCCGUGAGAAAAAAGAAGGAUUGCGGGUUGCAGGAGGAUGGGUUGCUUGUCACAAAGAUUUAAAAAACAUAAUAAAGGGUUGUAUCUCGGUAAUGUACUGCUGCUGACUACCUGUUCUCGAACGUUCUAGAGCGACCAAGAAUUCUGUGCUAAUUAAUGAAUAACACGAUAAGUAUUUUUCAGAUUUACUUCAAAUUCUCGGAGAAUAUUUCUUAGAUAAAAGGUCAUUCCGCGUUGCAUCAUACGUUGGAACAAAUUUUAUUUCUAGUUUCAUAAUUCUGAGUACAAAUUUUUCAUAAUCGAAAAUUGUGUUAAGAAUAAUCAGUAGAACUUAAAUCAUUCAUUGUGAUACAAAACUAAACAGUGCCGUAAAAUGAUCACAAGAUUAAUAUCAAAUAUAUUGAAAUGUCUAUGUUUUAAAAUUAGAAGUCGACUACAAAAAUAUUAUAUUGUUCUGUUUAUGCUUUCGGCGUUGCUGGAUUCUACGUUUUCUUCUGAUGAUAUCGCUAGUCAUAUUAGAAAAUGCUGCAUAAAUGGUAUUCAGUAUGCGGCUAAUGAAAAAAACUGCGAACAAUACGAUUACGAAGUGAACGCGAUACCCACCCUGUGGCGUGGGCUUUGUCAUUCGACGUAUAGUGUUUGUUGUUCAAGGAAAUUGGAGGAGCGGUAUUGUGUGGCGGGACGCUUAGCUGCUUUGCGGGGUACUCGUUGCGAUGAUGAAUAUCAUACUAACGCAUUUGCAAACUGCUGUCGCGCUUGUCAGGUUGGCUUAGCUGUAAAGGCCAGUAGUAACGAAUGCAACAAUGCGCUUUUCUCAUAUUUUGCAAAAAUCGAUACAUAUCAUAUUUGCUGUGAUGGCGGCAAAACUAAUUAUAACUAUCCCGACGCUAUAACAAUUGAUGAUUAUGUGAGUAAUGAAGAAAGCGAAAAAUUGGAAACUAAAGCAAGAAAUUUUUCUAACGGCUCCGAUGAGAAGGAUCUAAUUGUUCAAGAAGAAUUGAUUGGAAAUGCUAGUGAUGGUACAAUCGUGCUGCCAGAAGAUGACGAUGAUAUCUGCGGUAAAGUGAAGAAUCUAUGCGCGCAUAUUUGUGAGAAUACAAAGGAGGCGUAUCGUUGCAAAUGCAGGGCUGGCUAUAAGCUGGAUGAGAAUAAUGUGACUUGCUCCCCUAUAAACAAUGAUACAGAUAAAGUACACAAAAAUGAAGUCAAUGUGGGGAAAGACAUAGAGGAUGAUGACGAAGACGAUGUUGGAAAUGGAGAAACACAGUCAAAACAAGGCGUAAUUGGGGAUAACCGGUCAGAAAACUUUAACAAAGUGGAUUCAAUACGUUGCGACGUUGGUUAUGAAUUUAACCAUAACAAAGGAAAAUGUCUGGAUGUUGAUGAAUGUGCUUUUAAAUUACACAACUGUAAAAACAGUCAGUAUUGCCAUAACACUAUGGGCGGUUUCCAUUGUUUGAGCGUGAAUUCCAAGAAGUGCGACCCACACAAAGAGAAAUGUGAAAAUAUCUGCAGUGCCGGUUUCCAAUAUAAAAACGAUGGCUGUAUCGAUGUUGAUGAAUGUUUAGUAGAUGAAUAUGCAUGUGAUAGCAGUCAGAUAUGCAUCAAUGACAUUGGUGGUUACCGUUGUGAUUGCAAAAUAGGUUUUAAUCUUGAUGCAACCACGAACGCAUGUGUGGAUAUAAAUGAGUGUUCUAUUAAUAACCAUAACUGCUUACCAACGCAACGAUGUGACAAUACAUACGGAUCAUAUGUCUGCGUUAGACUACAAAGCUGCGGUACCGGUUAUACACUAAAUGCCGAAACAGGCAACUGCGAUGACGAUGAUGAAUGCACAUUAGGAACGCAUAACUGUCCACUUGAGUAUGAGUGCCAUAAUACGAAAGGUUCCUUCCGUUGCUACCGUCGUACACCAACAACUGUAGCAACCACAACGAUGAAGCCGACUACUACAACUACAACGCCACCACCAGUCAGUGGUUUAUCAAAUUAUUACUACCAUAAUCGUACCUCUUAUAAUGAUCCCGGUCAAUAUACUUCUCGUCAAACACAUAGUUUUAAUUAUAUACGGGAGGAUGUGUCUCGAUACACUAGCAUUGGUGAUACCGAAAAUACUCAACUUCCACAAUGUAGCAUAGGCUUUCAUCGGAACAAUUUGGGAGCUUGCGUAGGUAAAUAAUAUAUAUUUAUUUUUUUUUGCUACAG